AUGAAGCUCGAUCAUCUGGCCACCAGGGGGGAUGGGCUCAGAGCCCUUGGAGGCGGACGAGCAGGGGACGAGCAGUGGCUCAAGAGAAGCGCAAGGCCUGCGUCAGGUCUGGACAGAUUCCACGACAGUUUGUCAGUUGCUUUGAUCAUCAUUUGCUUCAGAGAGGGAGAAGCCCGCCUUUGGAACGGCCGCAUAACACACAUUACAUUGAGACACAGGGAGAGGCAGCACGCACAGCACCCAGGCAGAGCCCACCGGCUCUGGGAAGCAAACUCCUGUCUCCAGCCCUUCGUGCUUCUCGGUGGACGCCGAUCAAGCAGCCAGUGGGUCUCAGCUAGCUGCUGGGCUGUGGCCUGCUGGCCCCCAAGGCUGCGGGGGAGACGUUUCCUUGGUGGGGUAUGCAGUCUGAAGCGCACAUGGACUGGGGAGACGCUCCGCGAGCUGCAUAGGGCUGCUACUGUCCUGAGCAGCUGGGCAGGGCAGGCCUUGAGAGGGUCGCAGUCUCUGCCUCUGCCCUGCGGACCGAUCAGGACGCUGCAGCUCAUCCGUCCGAAGAGGGAGGGGAGAGUCCUUCAGCGACAGCCCCGUUCUCUGGAAGAUGUGUCAGCAGAAGGCAGGGAAGUGGAUGGGGGGCCGGGGUGCAAGCCUUUAUCGCCCUUUACUGUAACCCCCAAACUUUGUAAGGGGCCACGAAGUGUGAACUAUUACAGGAGACCUAAUGGCCCCUCGGCUGUGAGCGGGAACCCAAGGAAGCGGAGGCUGCGCCCCACCAGGGCCGGCCAGUGCGGGAAGAACACGGCGCAGGCAUCUUCCUGCCGAGCCGUCCCAGACUCCUCACCCCAGAGCCGAGCCUGCGGCGGGCUUCCUCCUCCCAGGAGCUGGACACCCUGCACAUUUAUGUCUGUAUUCGCUGCCCAGGAGCCCCAGAGCGAAGUCAAGAUGAUUGUCUGUGAUGCAGCAGCCUAGACGGUGUUUGUGCGGCAGGCUUUUGGCAGUCGUUCAAGCUAACACACCUUCGGUGGUGAAAGUCACAGGCCUGAGCCAGACACGGAGACACACACCGGUCAGCCCAGCGCUUUGGGAGGCCGAGGCAGGAGGUUCGACAAUUCAAGCCCAACCUGGGAAACUUCUAGUCCUGACAAAACCCUGUCUCAAAAAAAAAUAAAUAAAUAAAAGCUGGAGAUAUAACCCAGUGUGAAGAUUCUAGGUUUAUUUUCCACUACUGUAAACCAAAAUAAAAUAAAA